CAGAGUCGCAGUAUCGUCUUUGGUGAAUUUGGAUGUCAAUUAUCGCAAGUGGUGAAUAUUUGCUAUGGAUUUCCCACAGUUCAGUCAAUGCCAGUCUUAGCAGUUCUUGAGGUCUGAACAUACGAUCUUGCAAACAUGGGCAUUGAAGAAGCCCUUGGAGUUGGCCUUCGAGAGAAGCUGAAAGACGAUUUACUAGCUGCCGACGACAAAUUCGCCCUUCACGUACCCAAAGUUGAGCUUCACGUCCAUAUCGAAGGCACCAUAACCGCUGAGCUGAGAUGGAAGUUCACUCAACGGAAUGGAACCAAACUGAGGAUCGCCAAAAAUGGUCCGGAGCUUAAAAGUCUGGCUGAAGUACAGGCUGCAAUGGACUUGCUUCGACCAGAUCCCAGUCGCAUGGAGAACAAUAAAGAAGAGACCUUCCAAUUCUUCGAGGCAUAUUUCGAAGGAUUUGAAUGUCUCAAAACGAAAGAAGACUAUUUUGAUCUGGCCAUGCAUUAUUUUGAGCAUGCCGCAACGAUGAACGUUCGCUACGUCGAAAUCUUCUGGGAUCCCCAAGGUCACACAACCCGCGGAAUCUCCUGGAACGUCAUGAUGGACGGUUUCAGGGAAGCUUCGAAACAGGCGGAGGAAGAACUAAAUGUGAAAUCAGCAUGGAUCAUGUGCUUUCUGCGAGAUCUCUCCACAGAGUCGGCUAUGGAACACUACAAGGCUGCGCUGCCUUAUCGCGAUAUCAUUGUGGGAAUUGGGCUCGACUCAAACGAAAUGGAUCGACCGCCCACACUUUUCGAAGAGGUCUUCUCGCUGGCCAGACGUGAUGGCUUUAAACUCACAAUGCAUUGUGACGUCGGCUCACAGAAUACACAUGAGCAUAUCAGGCAGGCUGCAUGUGUGGUUGCAGGCAAAGGACUCGACCGUAUCGACCAUGGUCUCAACGCCGCAGAAAAACAGGAUUUGAUCGACUUGAUUUUGAAGCAGGACGUCGGCAUGACGAUUUGCCCUUGGUCUUACCUACGACACGAAACGUAUGUGGAGCUUGGGCCAAAGAUUCGUCAACUAUACGAUGCAGGCAUCAAAAUAUCCAUCAACAGCGACGACCCAGCAUAUAUGGAAGAUUGCUGGAUCUUGCACAACUUCUUACUGGUAAAACACCUGUGCGGCUUCGACGACAAAGAUGUUAUUGUUCUAGCCAAAAACGCUGUCAACAUCUCUUGGGCGAAGUCAGUGGUCAAACAGGAUAUCCUGGAAGAGAUAGACGUGGUUUAUGAGAGAUUUUACCCAACUCAAUAGAAAUAGUAAACAAAAGUCUGGUCCUCACCAGCGUUUCCACGAG